AUGCACCACCUGCGAGAUUCCCUACUAAGCCCCGUGCCAAAAGGCCCAUCGGAUAUCACUAAACCCGACGAGGCUGCCAACGAUCGACAGGGUAUACGUGACUCCAUUGCUCGUGGGGAACUCGACAACGUCCGAGAUGCAGCUUUUUACAAUCGAACCUGGAUAAUCAGCGAAAGAUACUGUAAUGGCGACGGAGUUGACUCUCUCGAAAGCUACCUUCAUUCCACCUGGUACAUGUACUACCAACUCAGCCUCCACACAUCUUACGAAACACAUGCGCACGACCGCCUGGUCCUCGAUAUUGUCCGCACCCAAGGCAUGGGACCUUUAACCAGACCCGUAUCCGGCUACUUCGGCAUUGACAUCGCCCGAACAGUCGAAGGCACACUCUGGAACGACCUCCCCUUCCUAGUCACCGACAUGACUGAAUUCUGGACAAACGACUGCGCUAUCCUAUCUGCAGCCCAGCGCAUGAGCUUUUCCUCUUUCCUCGCCAAAUUAGCCUCAACCCGCGUCUGCAAAGACCGAGUCUGCCAAAUCGCCCUCUUACUCUUCCGCUCCACCUUUGAGGAAACACGCUGUCUCUGCCCCCCAGAAGCGUCAGAUGAAGUAGUAUCCGACGAGGAAAACACCCGCCGCACUAUGCGCGACCUCAGUCUCGCAGACCUCCUCCCCGCAGCAUGCAUCUGGAUCAAAGAAGCCAAAUACAACAUCAUGCAGCUGUCCGAUGUAAGCUGGAACGACUGCCCCAGCACCGUCGGCCAGGGAGGCCUGAAGUUCAUCGAAUCGGACCUAGGGAAGCGCUCACCGACGGGCUUUACCCCCUGGCGGUGGAUGUAUUGGCUCAAGCGCCUCCACGAGAUCAAAGAGGAAGCACAGGAAGCAAAGGAAGCCCGUCUGGUGGAAUAUGCAGAAGACGCUAUUGAGAGAAUGGCUAGUGGAGUGAAGGAACGCAAUUCGGGUAUUCUGCGGGCGUACAAGGAUGGCGGGGAGGUGGUGCUGCAGGAUAAACAUUUGAGUUGUUUGGAUCCAGAUAGGCCGAUUGAGGAGGUGGAGAUUGUUUGA